AAUUAGUAUUAGACGUGGCUGUAGCCACAAUUGACGAUACAUUAGUUAGCGCUAGUUGACUAAUGACCUUCACAUACAAUUGUCAUGACAUGUAAGCAAGCCGUCACUUACAAUAUACUUACUUAAGUAAAUCCUGUGUCAUCCUUAUUUAUAAUUGUCGCCCUAUAAUUAACAUGGUGUCAGAAGUGUCUUUGUCUUAAGUUGUAGUCGUUAAACGUCGUCAUGCCAAAUCAAGUAGUCGAAACUGCUACCGUCGCUGCUACCACUCCUAGAAACAAGGUAGCUGGAUCUACAUGUUCCAUCCAACAUCUUAACAUCGCCAGCAAGAAUCUGUCUUAUGAAUGGAAGAGGUGGUUCACCCAAUUCAAGAUAUAUUUGAGAGCGACAAGUCUUGAACGGGAAGAGAAUGGUCGCAAGGUCACUCCAAAAACAAACAUUUCCAUCGAGAGGCACAAAUUUUUCACGAGACGUCAACUUGAGGGUGAGUCGUUAGAAGAGUUCGUUACAGCAUUAUCAAACUUAAGUCUAACGUGUGAUUUUACGGAGCUGCGCGAAAGUCUAGUUAAAGACAUCUUUACUUGUGGUCUUAACUCCGGAUUCGCAGAAGUUAAACAGAAAAUUAUAUCUGAAGGUGCAAUCACACUCGACAAGGCUGUUGAAUUGGCUAAGACGUACACAUUGUCCAAAAUCGAAGCCGCUAGCUGUAGUGUCGUAGGAGCAGUUCAUUACAACACAAGUCACAAUGAAAUGGGUCAGCGCAGGUGGAAAAAUCGUGCACACCAAAGGUCAACGAGUCCAUCCACUAGACGAACGACACCAUCCAUUAGACGAACAACGUCUCCCAGUCCGGUAAGCCGAGAUCGAAAGAAUAUCUGUCAAAGGUGUGGUCAGCAUCAUCGAUUCAGGUGCCCAGCAGAUGGGGUAAAGUGUAGCUAUUGUUUUAAAAUUGGUCAUUAUGCUAAAAUGUGUCUUAGAAAUAAGAAUGUCAAGUCGCUAACUGUAGAUACAGGUGAUGAAUUAUUUAUAGGGUCAAUUUCGUAUGUGUGUUCUGUUAAAAAGUCGCAAUGGGAAGUACCUGUGUCUAUUAAUGGUACUAUUCUAUUAUGUCAAUUAGACACAGGGGCAGAAACAAACGUCAUGAGUUUGACAGACUUUAGUCGCCUUAAUUUAAAAAAAGGCUUAAUUAAUGUAAGUCAUAAUAGCGUUAGAACCGUAAGUGGAGAAAGGCUUGAAUUAGCAGGCGAAGUCGAUUUAACUUGUCAUAUUCAGAGUAGUGAUCACAUAAUUAAAUUUCAUGUCAUAAAAGUCGGAUGUAAACCUAUUCUUGGAUUACAAACAUGUAUCGAUCUCAAACUUCUUAAAAGAGUGAACCAAGUAACUUUUAACAAAUAUGAAGUCCAGUCCACUCAGUCUAUAAUUACUCAGUAUAAUGAAGUCUUCAAAGGUCUAGGUCUAAUAAAAAGUCAGUGUCGUCUACAAAUAAACAAGAAUGUGACACCUAUAAGGGAACCGUUGCGUAAAAUACCAUUUAAACUAUACGAGUCUCUGAAAACGGAAUUAAUCAGAAUGCAAGAAUUAGAUGUCAUCAGUCCCGUUUCGGAACCAACCCAAUGGGUUAACAGUAUCGUCCUCACAUCUAAGAAAAAUGGCAGCAUUCGUGUGUGCCUAGAUCCGCGCAACUUAAACAAAGCAAUCCUUCGUGCGCACUAUCCCUUCCCAAGCAUCGAUGUCAUUAGAUCUCAGUUAAACGGAUCUAAUUAUUUCUCAACCCUAGACGCUAAUUGGGGGUUCUGGACCAUUGCUUUGGAUGAGGAGUCUUCAAAAUUAUGUACGUUCAUCACACCAUUCGGUAGAUUUCGUUUUAAACGUCUUCCAUUUGGAAUUUCAGCAGCGCCAGAGAUUUUUCACUCUACAAUGACUGAAUUGUUCGCAGACAUCCCUAACACAGUAGUCUACUUUGAUGAUCUGCUAAUUCACGCACCAACUAAAGAAAAACAUCAUGAGAUAUUGGAGCAGGUGCUUAAGCGCGCUAAGGAAAUAAAUUUAAAAUUUAAUUUAAAUAAGUCUCAGUUUUGUCUUAAUAAAGUCACGUACAUGGGUCAUGUGUUCUCAAAGGAAGGCAUGACACCAGAUCCGAAUAAAAUUAAAGCUAUUGUAGACAUGAGUCAACCAAAAAAUUCACAAGAACUACAAAGAUUCUUGGGAAUGCUUACAUAUUUGUCAGCAUACAUCAAAAAUUUUUCUGAAGAAACACAGCAGUUGAGAAUUCUUCUAAAAAAGAAUGUAAUAUGGAAUUGGGACACAAAUCAUACAGCUACAUUUAACAAAUUAAAAACCUUAAUUACAAAAGCCCCAGUUCUAACUUACUUUGACCAGACUAAAGAAUUAAUUUUGUCAUGUGACGCUUCACAAAGUGCAGUAGGAGCCGUUAUACUACAUGGAUCAAAUCCAAUUGCCUACUCGUCAGCCUGUCUUACCGAAGCUCAAACUAAUUAUGCUCAAAUUGAAAAGGAGCUGCUAGCGAUUGUUCACGGUUGUCUAAAGUUCCACCAAUUUAUCUUUGGUCACAAAAUCACGGUCCAUACGGAUCAUAAACCAUUAGUGCCUUUAUUCAUAAAAGCAUUACACAAAGUGCCACAAAGACUACAAAGGUUUAUGCUCAAAAUUCAGUGCUAUGAUCUCAAUGUCAUGUACAAACCUGGUAAAGAAAUGUAUAUUUCGGACACAUUAUCCAGAUCGCCUUUGUCAGACUCCAUUGUAGAUUUACAAGAAGAUAUCACGUUACACAUAAAUAUGCUCAAGUCAUGUUUAGAAGUGUCACCUGAAACAUUAGAGUCCUUUCGAAAGGAAACUCAAAAUGAUAAGGAAUUGCAAACCAUCGUAAAACUUUGUCAAACAGGUUGGCCCCUAGCCAAGAGUAAUCUUCCCCCAGAGACUAAACCAUAUUACAAAUUUCAAAAGGAAAUUAAUGUACUUGAUGGGCUAGUGUUCAAAGGAAAUAACUUAGUGGUUCCAAAAGCUCUUAGGUCAAAAAUGCUAACUAAAAUUCAUACGGGUCAUUUUGGUGUACGUAAAUGCCUUGAUUAUGCUAAGAAUGCAUUAUUCUGGCCUAAUAUGUCAAAUGACGUGCGAAAUAUUGUAACGACAUGUGUAGCGUGUCAGGAAUACAGUAAUAACAACUCAAAGGAACCUUUAUUGCCACACGAAAUUAAAGCAAUACCAUGGAACAAAGUAGGUGUUGACUUCAUGGAAUUAAAGGGAAAUAAAUAUCUUAUUUGUAUAGAUUAUUUCUCUAAAUUUAUUGAAUUAUCAGUACUUAGGAAUGGCACAAACGCAAAAAUAGUCAUCAAUGAGCUGAAAUCCAUAUUUAGUCGACAAGGAAUACCUGUCACACUAAUUUCAGACAAUGGACCUCCUUUUAACGCCGUAGAAUUUGCCAAUUUUAUCAAAGAGUGGGACAUUCAACACAUCACGACAAGCCCGUAUCACUCACAGUCCAACGGUCAAGUCGAACGAGCAAUCGGAACUAUCAAGAGAAUGCUAAUGAAAACUAUCGAGUCUAAUGGAGAUCCCUAUCUAACAUUAUUACAGUAUAGGAAUACACCAAACGACAGCAAGAACAGUCCUGCUCAACUCCUGAUGUCUCGCCGUCUUAGAUGUUCCCUGCCAGUUCAUGCAGAUUUGCUUCUACCGAAACCAAUAGAUGUAAAUCGUUAUGAAAAUUGGGUCGAAGAUAGAAACAAGAGGAUGAAAGACGUUUACAAUCGAGGAGCAACCAAACUACCAGAAUUAAUGACUGAAGACGAUGUAUUGUUUAAGAAGAUUCCAUCAGAUAAGAAAUGGAUACAAGGAAAAAUAACGCAGGUUGGUCCUGAGCCAAAAAGCUACAUCAUUCAAUCUAGGGAUGGGAUGCAUUAUAGACGAAAUAGGGUUCACAUAAAGAAAUUUUACAAAUCCAAUUGUAAUCCAGAAUAUGGUAAAUCGAAUAACACACAUUUAGAUCUUAAUACCGAUUAUAAUAUAGAUAAUAAUUGCAAUGAUUGUAAUAAUUACUGUAUUUAUAGUAAUUUUGAUAAUGUUAAUAAUGAACCUGCUAAUGACAAUGGUUCGACUCCGAACCUUAAUGUAACUACUCGCUCAGGCAGACAAAUUAAGGUACCUAAUAAAUUAGACUUGUAACUUCCAAAGGGAGAUGUUACGGAAUUAGUAUUAGACGUGGCUGUAGCCACAAUUGACGAUACAUUAGUUAGCGCUAGUUGACUAAUGACCUACACAUACAAUUGUCAUGACAUGUAAGCAAGCCGUCACUUACAAUAUACUUACUUAAGUAAA